AGCUGCGUCGGUUGGCGCCAAAGGUGAAGCGCAUGCGCGGGCGGGUUGGCGGCGUCUCUUGUCAGACAAAGGCGGGGGGGAAACCGGAGAGACGGGGAGAGCGGUGUGUGUGUGCGCGCGCGUGUGUGUGAGGGCAGAGACGUGAGCGGCUGAAAAGGCGCCGCUCCUCAUUAUACGCAGAGAGAGAAAAACAUAUACACGUACGCACUCAUAUAUAUAUAUAUAUAUACACACACACACAGACUCGCUCACCAGUUCUCCGGCCGCAGGCAUGACGGACAAAGAAGCGUCAGAUGCCCAUUAUGAUGUUACACCUGUGACGUCACACACCCACUGUGCUUCAUUACUGACGGCCGCCUCACCUGUGCAGUCCACUCAUCUCGACACGACGCCAGCCAUUUGUCAUGAAUGGAAACGAGGAAAAAAAACAGCCUUUGAUGAUGCUGUGGAAGAGCGUGUUAUUAAUGAAGAAUACAAGAUCUGGAAGAAGAAUACCCCUUUCCUGUAUGACUUGGUUAUGACCCAUGCCCUGGAGUGGCCUAGUCUGACCGCCCAGUGGUUACCUGACGUUUCAAGGCCAGAGGGGAAGGAUUAUAGUGUUCACAGACUAGUAUUGGGAACCCAUACAUCUGAUGAACAAAAUCAUCUGGUCAUUGCCAGUGUUCAGCUACCAAACGACGAUGCUCAAUUUGAUGCUUCACACUAUGAUAGUGAGAAGGGAGAAUUCGGUGGUUUUGGUUCAGUUAGUGGAAAAAUCGAGAUUGAAAUCAAAAUAAACCAUGAAGGGGAAGUAAAUCGUGCUCGUUACAUGCCUCAGAAUCCUUGCAUUAUCGCUACCAAGACGCCAUCCAGUGAUGUGUUGGUCUUUGAUUAUACCAAGCAUCCAUCCAAACCAGAUCCCUCUGGUGAGUGCAAUCCCGAUCUUCGUCUACGUGGCCAUCAGAAGGAAGGAUAUGGACUCUCAUGGAAUCCCAACCUUAGUGGCCAUCUACUCAGUGCUUCGGAUGAUCAUACUAUCUGUCUCUGGGAUAUCAGUGCUGUUCCAAAAGAAGGAAAAAUAGUUGACGCGAAGACUAUCUUUACUGGUCACACCGCAGUGGUGGAGGAUGUGUCGUGGCAUCUGUUGCAUGAAUCUCUGUUCGGCUCUGUAGCAGAUGAUCAGAAACUGAUGAUCUGGGAUACCAGAUCUAACAAUACAUCUAAACCAAGUCACUCAGUGGAUGCACAUACAGCAGAAGUGAACUGCCUGUCCUUCAACCCCUACAGUGAAUUUAUCCUAGCCACAGGCUCUGCAGAUAAGACUGUUGCUUUGUGGGACUUGCGGAACCUGAAACUGAAGUUACACUCUUUUGAAUCACACAAGGAUGAGAUCUUUCAGGUUCAGUGGUCACCUCACAAUGAAACUAUAUUGGCAUCAAGUGGAACAGAUCGCAGACUGAACGUGUGGGAUCUGAGUAAAAUUGGAGAGGAGCAGUCGCCUGAAGAUGCAGAGGAUGGUCCUCCAGAGCUACUGUUUAUCCAUGGUGGCCACACAGCUAAGAUUUCAGACUUCUCCUGGAACCCUAAUGAACCAUGGGUCAUUUGUUCUGUAUCUGAAGAUAACAUUAUGCAAGUCUGGCAGAUGGCUGAAAACAUUUACAAUGAUGAAGAUCCCGAGGGAGCCCCUGAUCCAGAGGGACAAGGCUCAUAGUCUUCUUGGUUUUACUCUUCAAACAUACUUUUUCUACACAAACAUGAAAUUCUGCGAGUGCUGAUUUGAGAGAUACAGCCGUUGUCUCUAAAUGCAGGGGUUUGGAUAACAUGUUGUAUGUCCUCCAGUGAGGACCUAAAUUUGUAUUACAAUUGCCUCCACCCUAAAGGCCCCAGUCCAUUCCCCAUUCUUUACCAUCACAGCCAUGUAUUGACAUGUCUGCAUUUCUGUUUGGCUAAUAGAAAGUAAGGCAGCUUGUUGUGCUACUGUGUACAGUUCGUAUUUAAAGGCUUAUCCCUGAAUAUCUGGACACUGCAGUGCAUUGUGAUCCUUGAGACACAAGUCUGCCAAAGCAAUUGAAUAUUCUCUAUGAGAGGGUCUUACUAAGUUUUUAAAGAGAAGUGCAUCAGUCCCAAUAAAAUGCAUAUGUUUUUCUACAUAAAAAAAAUUAAAUCUCUUGUGUUCCUCU